GGACGUGACACUCAGCAAGACUGACUGUACACCAUCGUUAGACCAACUCAAGGGACAGACUAACGAACAUCAUUUUGUAGAACUACAUCACGACCCUAUGAGCAUCAGCUGAGACGUGUGGGGCACCACAGGUCCGAUCGUCGGUGACGAUUAUCGGAUCGAUCGUGUUGAUCCGCCUAGCUGCUGUUGUGCUGAUCUGCUGAUCUGCAUCUCGGUGCAAACUUCGCAGUCGAAGAUGCCUGCCGAAGCCCGCGCCAUCUACUGGUUCCGUACAGACCUCCGCAUCACCGAUUCCCCUGCCCUGACCAAAUGCCUAGCCAUUCCCAACCUGAAAUCCGUCAAUUUUGCAUGGUGCUGGGAUCCAAAUUACAUCUACGGUCACCGCGUAGGGCUCAAUAGGUUCUCGUUCCUUCUGGAAUCAAUGCAAUCGCUGUCCGAUGAGCUUACCAAAGUCAACAAGUCACAAAAACUCCAAGUCGUCCGUGGACCCCCGGAAAAAGUGCUGCCAAUCAUGUGGGAGAGCUGGGGGAUCACCCAUCUGGUAUUUGAAAAGGAUGCGAAUGAGUAUGCAAAAGUACGAGAUGCGAGAAUAAAGAAGCUGGCAGAGGAGAAGGGUGUGGAGGUGAUAGAAGUGCAUGGACGGCAUCUAUAUGACCCAGAGCAGGUGGUCAAGGUGAACGGGAAUAAGCCGACAAUGACGUUACAUCAGUGGCAGGGGGUCGCCCAGAAAAUCGGCAAGAUCCCUCGACCCUCCGAAACACCGAAGAAGCUUCCCGACCCCAACUCGACAGACCUCAAGCACUCCAAAAAGGACGAAAAGUACAAGUGGCCCGGCGAAGACCUCAACGCAGAGAUUCGUACAGGCAAGGACACGUGUUAUGACCGGAUGUCCGGGCCAAAGGGUGAUUACUCUGUUCCCACCAUGACCGAAAUGGGUUUCUCCGAUGCCACGACCACCAUCAAGGGGGGCACUGUAGAAGGUCACAAGCGCCUAGACACUUUCCUCGGUAAUCCAGAAGACGUCGCGACAUUCUCCAAGCCCCAUACAGCCCCGACAUCCCUUGAACCCUCGACCACUUUGCUCUCCCCCUAUAUCAAAUUCGGUUGCAUUGGCAUCCGCGAGCUCUGGUGGGGAUGCAAAGAUGUCAUCGAGGAGUGGAGCAAGACCGGCAAGGGUAAGAAGACGAGCGAACCGGAGAAUAUGUUUGGUCAGCUGGAGUUUAGAGACAUGUACGCCGCGGCAGAAACUGCUCAGGAGAAUUUCCAACAAAUCCGAGGCAACGCCGUUUGCAGGUAUAUCGACUGGGCAUUGCAGAAUCAAUACAACGACAAGGGGGACUUGAUCCUUCCUCGACCUCGGGACGACGACGAAGAGGCCGAAGAACGCUUCGCGGCGUGGCGAGAGGGCCGAACGGGAUUUCCGUGGAUCGACGCCUGUAUGCGCCAGCUGAAGCAUGAAGGGUGGAUACAUCACCUCGCUCGGCAUUCUGUGGCGUGCUUCCUGACCCGUGGGCAAUGCUACAUCUCCUGGGAACGCGGAAUGGAGGUUUUUGAUGAAUGGUUGAUCGAUUGGGAUCCGGCGUCCAACCCCGGCAACUGGAUGUGGCUCUCCUGCUCAGCUUUCUUUGCCCAAUAUUAUCGUGUGUACGGGCUCGUAUCGUGGCCGGCAAAGACCGACAAACAUGGCGAGCUCGUCCGCAAAUACUGCCCCGAACUUAAGGAUUUCCCUGAUAAAUACAUCUACUCGCCUCAUCUCGCACCAGAAUCCGUCCAGAAAUCGAGCAACUGUAUCAUUGGUAAAGACUAUCCCUUCCCGAUCCUCGACGAGCAUGUCGAGAAGGACCGCUGUAUCGCUCGACUCAAAGACGCCUACGCGGUAGGACUGCAUGGAGACGCGAAAGAAGUCCUCGAGGGCACGGCCAAGCAGAUGCUCGAGGACAAGCAUGCCGAGACUGGCGCGGGAGAGGUCAAGAGUGACAAGGAGAAGAAGGAUCUCAAGGCCGCGGAGAAGCGGAAACGCAGCGGGGAUGGGAACAUUGAGGACUGGACGACAAAGAAGCAGGGUAAAAAGGGUCUCGGCCCGGUGGAAAAGAGAGAUGGUUGAUGCAUGUCUAUCCUUGUUU